UACAUCUACCAAAUGGAUCGCGAAAACUUUGCAGAGGCACAGGAAAAAUGCUCCGCUUUUGAUGCCAGUCUGGUGUCAUUCCACAAUGACCCGGAAUACCAACGCGUUCUUGAAGUGAUCCGCGAAAAUGAGGAAGAAGACUUCAUAGGCCCCUGGAUAGGACUCAAUGACAUCAUCCAGGAGGGUACCUUUGUUUGGUAUGAUCCCCCACAACCAGACACACCUUAUGACCCUAAUGCCUUUGCUGACUUUGCUGUCACAGGCAAUACUCAAUUGAACAACUGUGUGUACAUUGGAAAUGAUGGAAUGGGGCACGCUGGUGACUGCAGUGUCCAGAGACCAUUUAUUUGUGCCUAAGAUAUAUAGUCUAAUCGACGACCUAACCAUACCAGACAUGAGCAAACUAUGACUCUGCAUGUCAUAUAUUGGCCAAUAAGCUUUUCAAUCUUCUUUCAUCAUCUUUGACCGCCUUCAGCAUUCAAUGCUAUUGAAUAAAUGGUUCCUGAAGCUGAAGCGCGGCGGCUGGGGUCUGCAGACUAGCGUGGUGGAGGACAGAAAAACAAGAUUUCUGCGACAAAGUUCUGUAGAAUAUUUCCAUUUUGUGGGACAUUUGUGAGUUUGUUUUCUUGUUUGGCUGUGUUGUUUGUCACAUUUUUGCUGUGUUUGUGCUUGAUGGCAAAACAUGUCUAGGAGGUCGUCACUUGAUGUUCAAUGUUUUAUUGUUCAUCUACACUCU